UAUAUCUUUGCGUGGGCUUUAAAACCCCAAAUUUCAUCAGAAGCCCCUCCAUUUCUCGGUGCUCUUUCAGGACUCUUUUGCAGAGAAAACGAGGGUUUUACCUCUCCUUUUCCAAAUCUCAAAUCGCAUGGCGAACAGCAAUCUACCCCGUCGGAUCAUCAAGGAAACGCAGCGUCUCCUUAGCGAACCUGCUCCCGGUAUCAGCGCUUCUCCAUCUGAAGACAAUAUGCGUUAUUUCAAUGUCAUGAUUCUCGGCCCCACACAGUCUCCUUAUGAAGGAGGGGUUUUCAAAUUAGAAUUAUUUUUGCCCGAAGAGUAUCCAAUGGCCGCUCCAAAGGUUCGCUUUCUCACCAAGAUUUAUCACCCUAACAUUGACAAGCUUGGAAGAAUAUGUCUCGAUAUCCUGAAAGACAAAUGGAGUCCAGCUCUCCAGAUCCGAACUGUGUUGCUGAGUAUUCAAGCACUUUUGAGUGCUCCAAACCCAGAUGACCCCCUUUCCGACAAUAUAGCGAAGCAUUGGAAGACAAAUGAAGCUGAAGCUGUGGAAACAGCAAAGGAAUGGACCCGUCAAUAUGCAAGUGGGGCGUGAUGUGGGGCAUGACGGACUGCUGUUCUUGGCAAAUAACAUGUCUACUGUGUGAGUUACGCCGGCCCCCACCAUCUAUCUUUACAGGGAAAUGCAAGUGUGAAUUGAAUGUCGGAAAUAUGAACUGUAAAAGAUUGAUCCUUAGCAAGCUUUUAAGUUACAUUCUGCUUCUUCUUUAUCCAUUUUCCUUCUCUGAAGCCCUGUUGUUGAUUUCUGUAUGAUUAGAGAAAGGUCUGCUACUAUUUUCUUCCCUUAAUUUUCUACUAAUAGGAAAAAGCUCUGCUUGUUGGUUCUUUCUGCA